CAGACAGUUUUCUUUUUCUUUUCCUUUUCCUUUUCCUUUUUUUCUUUUUCUUUUUUUUUUUUUUAAAUUAGUUCCUGGCUUCAAUAAGUCCCAGGCCUGUUGAACGUGGCUAGCGCAGCUGGACGGUUCUCUCGCUGCAGUGAAAACCUGAGGCAUCGUAAUCUGAGAUUGUCUGAGCUCCCUGCCAGACACGGAGGGAUGGUUACGUGCACGGGAUGGUUACAGACCCUGGUGGUCCUGGAUUCUGAAAAGCCCUGUGAUUUGGGGGAGUGGGGUGCACCCAGUGCUGCAUUUGCUGGAAGAACUCCACCUUGCCGUCCUCCUUCCCAAAGAACUGCAGAGCAGCAUCUCUGCUGCUGUUUGCGAGGGCUUCGACAGCAGACCUGCCAGGCUGGGCUUUGCAAGACAGGCAGGAAUGCUGCUCUGUUCGUUGUGUCAUUUAACUCUCUGACGUUCAGGAAGGGACAAGCCCCAGCGCAGCAUCCCGGGGAGGGAUGAGAUGCUGAUAACGCGCUUGACUUCUGCUUAUCUGAAAGCAUUUUGUGUGUCUGUGGUCAUCCUCUCUGCAGGCUGUGGAGCGGGCAGUGUGCGGAGCCCUCUGGAUUUAACCCUUAUUUUGCAGUGGAUUUUGCUCUGAAGGUGGUCCAGUGGUCGGAAUCGGAGACAGUACGACUUCAGCUCUGGGACAUUGCAGGGCAGGAACGCUUCACAUCCAUGACGCGGCUGUACUACAGGGAGGCGUCAGCCUGCGUUAUCAUGUUUGAUGUCACCAACGUCAGCACGUUCAGCAACAGCCAGAAGUGGAAGCAGGAUUUGGACAGCAAGCUCAUGCUGCCAGACGGGAGCCCCGUGCCCUGCCUACUGCUGGCUAACAAGUGCGACCUUUCCCCAUGGGCAGUGACAAGAGAAGAAGUGGAUCGGUUCAGCAAAGAAAACGGCUUUUCUGGUUGGGUGGAGACGUCUGUCAAGGAAAACAAGAAUAUUAACGAGUCCAUGAGAGUCCUGAUUGAAAAGAUGAUGUCCUCAUGCACUGGUGAUGGAAGUUCCUCUGCUGCCGGCAGUGGGGAUUACAUUAACAUAAAAGAGACAUCCCCGCCAGGCUGGGCUUGCUGUUAGAUGCACUGACUCCACCAUCUGCCUUGGGUCCAGCACCAAUGUCCUUUUAUUAUUAUCAUCAUUUUUUUCCUAAACUGGCUGUCACUGGUUUUUUGGGGGUUUUUUUUCACAUGAUCAUGAACUAUCUUCUGUUCAGUGCAUAUUCGUUCUCAGCAGAGCACAGCUGCAAUGACUUGGAGUGAGGAGCGGGAAGAAGAGAGGACGGAAGAGGUUCCUCUUUCUGCUAGUGCAGCAGCAACUGGAAGCUCUGCUGCCAGUCCUGUAGCGCGAUCCGUGUUCGAGCACAUGGCGUGGAUUAAUUUUUUUUUUUUAAAUCUUGAGCACUUCAUCUUCUGACAUGUGACGGCCUGUCUCAGGCAGGGUGAAGGAUGUCGAAGGUAUAUUUCUAAUAUUUUUGCACCUUUUAUUCCCCACCGCCUGCACCCACCGUACCGAGGCACCAGUCCAAAGCCUUACGGUGACUUUCCUUUGACGCGCGCAGAGUUCAAGCAGUCUCUGUGCCUGUGGAUUCUUGGGGUGGGAUUACAGCAAACUCUUUUACUUCAUGCUCCGGAACUACAUACCUCUGCUUACAUAUCCUGGAGAGCCCAACACAUCUCAUCAUUGCCACUAGCUGUCCUUCAGAUGGGAAGCCAGAUGCGGAUUAGCAUGGUGUCCCACGUAACCAGACCUGUAACAUUAUCAGCGCGAAUCUGAGGAACGGUGUAGCACAGCCCUUACAUUUGCCUGUACUGACUGUGGUGCUUAACAGCAGAGACCUCAAAUUUUUGUCAAGAAUUGCCCGAUUGCUUUCUGCUCGUUCCUUCUCGCCCUCUGUCUGGCGCAAUCCUACGUAUUCUGUUCUGCUGCCACUUUAUUAGGGCACGGGGAGCUGAAUGAGGAAUAGGUUGUAAACUCCUUUGUGUGACAGAACAACAGUCCUUUUCACUUUUAGGACACCCUGUAUCCUACCAUCUCAAACAGCUUUGCAAUUGCUGAUGAAUUGCCUUCCCACAAUUAUUCCGUAGGGAUGAGUGAAUUUGGUAGCAGGGAUGGUGCUGGAAAGGCAGCUCCCUGAAAGCCCACCCGCUGGUUUUAGGGGUGCGGGGCAGGGGGGAAGCGAAGGAGAAGACUUUGCAGGACAAAAGGAAAUGAAGAGAACGGCUCCCCACUUGCCUUUUGAUGCCCGCUUUCCCGAGAUAUCCCCAGGUACUCGUUGUUGAGAGCACGUCUUGCCAACAGCAACAAAAAAUUGGUCAAAGCAGAUGAGAGAGUUAUCUCGGGAGAGUUAAUAGGAAGCGCAGUCUGUAGGGCUGGAGUUACACAGCGUGGUGUGCAUUUUACGUAAGCAUGCUAUGCUAUAGAAUUGUCUUGCCCCUGCUUUAGGUUAGGACUUGAACAAGUGGUCUUCAAUAACUUUUUUCCCUUCUCGAGUAGUUUAAUUUGAAAACAGGAUUAGAAAUUGGUUUGUCCUGAUUCCUGCUGAAUUAGGACUGCUUUUCUUUGGCAACAUAUUCCUUCUGUCUUCCUUACUUUGUAUAAUCUAUGGAGGGAGACGGUGGUACGAACAGGAACUGGUUGCCUUCACUAUGCACCAAAAAUUCAGAGUUUUCUUCCUCUGGAGUUGAAAAGGAUUGAUAAGAAGCAGUAAGGGCGAAGAAAUUUAGAACUAGCGUUGUGUUCCACUGUUUUAAUUAAAAGCUCAAUGUCUGGGCUAGGAUUCUGUUGUGCAAAUAUUGCCAAAUUUGGUUUUAUGGGCACUUAAAUCCAGCCUUUUGCUGUGCUGUUGGAUUCACUGUAGAAACAUGUGAAAUGUGUAGAGGUGGUUAGCAACAAAAUUGAACUGUCUUGUUGAAUUUUACUUCCUAAAUAUCGUGUUAAAAAAAAAGAAAAAAACCCUGUUUUAAUCCUAUAAAUAUUUCUAGUUCUUUAUGGAACAUGGGGAGAAGGGUCUCAUUUUUAAAAGGAUCUGGCACAAAACCAUUAAGAUUCAUGUGUUAUUUAUUGAUUUCCGUAUAUGCACCUCAAAGCGUUUCAGCAAAGAGGGCAAGUGUUAGAACUGGCCUUACAGCUGGGGAAACUGAGGCACGCAGCGGGAAUCUCUGCCCAGGACCAGCUAACUACUCAAGUCAGUAAGAGCUUGGCACGGAAAGGAAAAAUUUAAUUCUUGUUUCGAUGGCCUAGCUGCUAGGCAUUGCAUCUUGCAGGAAAGCAUCUUUAUACCUUUUGCACGUCAGUUUGCUCUGUACCGGCGCCUCUUUGGUCUCUGGACCUCUUCAUCUGGACGUCUUUUUCGUAAGUGCCUCUCAGAAAGAAGCAAAAAGCCAAAGGAAGAUCUUUGAAGGUUUUCUUGUAUUAUAUAUAAUUUCUGUUCUGCCCAGUGGUUUCCGGUACCGGUGUAUGCCUUGGGUUUGUUUUUUUUUUUUUCACACUGCUUACUGCUUGUUAACAUCUUAAUAGACACAGUAGACAAGUAUCAAGAAACAAGCUUGCACAACAGAAACAGUCGUUGCUUGAGAUCGGUAUAAAACCCAACCAGACAGGAAAACGAUUUUACUGUGCAGAUGUGUGUGUUUUUUUUCAGAGCUUGCUCUGUGGCACACAAGAUGCUUAAAAAUGCAAAACAAAAUUAAAAAAAAAAAAACAAACCCCACCUUGAUUUAGUCCUGUAAGACAAACUGAUUGAAAAGCCCCAGCUAAACGCGCUCUUUGCUGGGACAGGCAGCGUGUGCAGAACCUGUGAAAUUCACUGUGCCCGGCUUGUGCGAGCUGAAAUCAUUCUCCUUUUUAAAACAACUGCAAGGGAAAAGCCAACUCGAGUGAAGCAGUUUCUAAGAAAUAUUUUAAACAAAACUAAGUGUCGUUCAUGCAGACCGAUAAAAACUUUAAUCUUUCAAAUAUGAAUCAGAAAAGCCUUGUCUUUAUUCUGAUGAGCUGUGCUUUGCGGGUGUCUUCGUCAGGAGGGACCUGGUUUGAAAAUGAAGGCGUUUUGAUUUUUCCCUUCUGCAGUGCCUGCUUUGACUUUUUACCGUGUGCGACUGGGCCAACUAUACCUAUUUCACUCUUCCACGUGUUGUUUCUCAUUCCUAUAACUUUAAUUUGUGGUCACGGGACUCAAAACCACAUGAAGUUUAAUGGUGUAUUUUAUAUGUUGAUGAGAGCACGCUAUGGCUCCACAUAGCUGGGAAUUUUUACUGCAAUGCAACUUGAAAUCCUGAGGGCAGACUAUAGUUCAGAAAUAAGUCAACAAUAUCAAGCCUUUUUUUUUUUUUUUUUAAAAUUGCAUGCAGUUACGCAGAAGUAUUUUAGAGACAGGGUUCUGAUUACUGUAAAGUUGCAGUAUUAUCAUGUUACUAUAAAGAGAAGAAACUGCUGGGAGGUUUUCUCCAUAUCAAUCAGUAACUAAUGCAGUGUUGCCAAAGUUUGAAAUAAACGUUUGACAUU